AUGGACUCGACUACCGACCCCAAUCCCCCGCCGCCGACGGACCCCAGUGCAGGCCAUUUCCACGGCGAGUUCUGGGGUGGGAUCAACCCGCUCUACGGCUCGAGCCAGCCUGCCGACCAGCCCUUUGGCAUUGGAAUGUCACCGUACCAGGCACAACAGCCUCCCGCCUUCGAGUCUUCGCAGUCGACCUCUCCUGCUUAUCACACAUAUACAUAUGAACCCCAGGCUUACUAUACAACUCAGCCGCAAGUCCAACAUCAUAGUACGUUCGACCAGCAGCCUGCAAGUGCCCAAGCACAACGAGUGGCCCAGUCUUCUUCCGUGCCCGCGAACUCGCUUGAACGGCAACCACAAUCUUCCUACUUAGUCCCAAGCAGUUUACAGCUGGGAAUUCAGAAUGGAGCCCCCGUCAACUUCUCAGGCGACUUCACCACUCGACACUCCCACUCCCCAUACCACAGUACUAUCGACCCGCACUUCCUCUCUACACCAGACCAAUCAUCACAACCGCAGCAGCAGCAGCACCAACAGCAGCAGCAACUGUAUGCCAUUAACCCUGCAGAGCUAGAACGGUCAGCAAGCUUGAAGAAUCUCCAUCUACAUAUGGCAAAUGGCAUGCAAUCUGUCGUCCCACAAGUUCCUACUGGGCUAGUGGGCCAUGGACCUAGUGUCUAUCACAACGACCUUCAAGUCAUUCUCCCGAAGCCAUCAAAAGCUACCAAACCCCGGAAAAAGAAAGAUGUAGAACACAAAACGCAAACUCUCCUAAAUAAAUUUCUAACAAAGCCAGUGGGGCAGCAGCCGAAUCAACCCGCAAGCGAGUCUUCAAGUGAUUAUAGCAGCGAAGAAUCAGAUGACGAUCUCGAGAUAGAAGAACCGCCUCCGGAACCUUCACCCUUGCCCGCUGCGCGGCCAGACGACAUUGAAGGUAGGACGAGGUAUGAUACUCUUAAAGUGGUCUGGUCUCCGCGGAAUCGACAUGCAAAAGCGUCCGAUGUAAGGAAUUCUAUGAUUCUAUUCUCGGACCUUGUUAAGGGAGUCCGUGAUACCUGGAAGGCUCGUAGCGAGGCCUUAAAAGCUGCUGAGAACCAGAACCUUGAAGAAAAGGUCCCGGCUCUCAAGAAGGAGGUAAUCCUUCAGAGGCGGCUGUUAGACCUCAUUGUCAACACUACGCUGGAAUUUGGGCACCCAUCAUAUAUUAGAAGCCAUGUUAAGGGGAGAUUUCCCGCAACAUGCAUGCCAUCUUUCAUCUGGAUGCUAGAGGCAAUAUCCGGCUCCUUGAAUAAAAUGGAGAAGACUACCUGCGGCGUACAAUUCGGCGAACAUCCUAGUAUUGUUGCGGCAUUCUACUCUUUCCUUCUGGAUCGCCACACGGCUGCAGAUAGUGAUGGCCCUCUAACGGUCGAUAUACUAAAGUUGAUGGGGAAAUUUACCACUAUGGAUCAUGCAAUGCUCGAAAAGACAAAAAAUGAUAAGAUCCUUUCGCGGUUUGUCAAGAAGGGAGGAAAUGCAAUCAAGCAGCUGGCACAAUUUAUUAUGGACAACGCUGCAGCCGUCACUAAGAAAAAGGCUGAAGCUGCGAAAUCCUCUGUUAAGGAUAGUGGCGCGGCAGGUGCCUCUGGAUCCCAAUCUUCGAAACCGCGAGAUCGUAACAGCAACCCUUCACAACCGGUUGCUGGCAUCAAACGUGCUAGGGAAGAUGAUAAUGGCGCGAUACUUAUAAAGCGGGUUGUUUCCCCUUCGUCUGGAAAGCCUGUUGCUCGAAAUACUGCCACUACUGCUACUGCCGUAGGCAGGAAAGCUCUUACCGCUGGAAAAGACCUUAAAUCGGUUACCAGUAGUACUAGUCAACUUACGAAGCCGAAGGCUAACAUUGUCACCCCCAAGCCGACCCCAAAUCUUUUCAGCAGUUUGAUGUCCGCGUCGAAGAAGCCUGGAACAUCCAACGCCGCUCGUGCAGCUGCUGCUGCUGCCGCGAAGGAAAAGCCAACGGUUGUUCCUGAAACACAGAAUACACCGCCAGCACCGCCACCAGUAGCAAAGCCUGCCUUCUCAUUCUCUGAGACCAUGGCGAACUUGAAUAAGCCUAAGGAGCGUAGUCCACCAAAGCUAGAAGACGAUAGCCCGCCCGAAACAGACGAAGAGCGCCAAAAACGACUCCGAAAGGAAGCGCGGCGGAAACUUCGAGUCAGCUGGAAGCCAGAUAGUAGUCUCACUGAAGUGCGUUUAUUCACGCAUGACCCAGAAGAGGAGAUUGGCUACGAUGAUAGUAUGAUGCGUGAUGUCGGUGAUGUGGCUGGUGAAGGGAGGACUCUUAAGCUUCACCGCGGCUUGGAGGACUUGGAAGAGGAAGAUGAAGGCUGGAAUGAAGAGUGCUUUACACCUUACACGCCCAUUCCAGUCAUCGACUUUAGUGACCUCUCAGAGGAAGACCGGAACAGGAAUUUCACUAAAACUGGCGGUUCCCAAGUUGCAGAUAGCCCUGAAAGAGUGGCCCAAGUGCAGCGCGAGGCCACAACACUUAGUGUUUUCUACACUUCUCCAACUGAAAUUCCUACCUCUCCGAAGGAACCUCCACCGCCAGACAAUGACGAUGAGCCUUAUAAUCCCCUUGUGCCGUUUGGAGAGCCAGAUCACUUUGUCAGGGCGCGAUCUCAGCGAUACUUCGAUUCCCGCUCCCCCCCUGUCCAGGCUGCUCCACCAGUGAACCCAACAGGACAGUCAACCAGCCAACCUCCCGUCGAGAUAUCGUCGUUACUGAAGAUACUCCAACAAAACCAGCAACCACAGCCGCAACUCCUCCAGCAGCCAUCUAUCCAGCCUAAUGUACCUGACAUACAGCACACUCUCGCCCAAUUUACAGCCAACCCUCAAGUAUCCCAAAUGCAACAGACUUCCCAGCCAGGACAGACCUCUGUUCCGCAAGGUUUGGAUUUCCAAAAAUUGCUGGCUGUGAUGAACGCCCAAAAACAAAUGCAGCAGGCUACCGCGUUUCCCCAGAUUGCCACACCUCAAGCUCCAAAUUUGGCUGCCAUCCUUUCUCAGCUAUCAAACCCUGCUGGACAACUACAGCAGCAACAGCAGCCGCAGCAACAGCAGGAUUCUCAAACAUUCAACCAACAGCAACCAUACUUUGAGGAAGGGGAAAAUAAGCGAGGCUACGAGGGUGAUGAUUCCUACGAUUACAACAAACGUGCCAAGGUCAAAAAACAUGUAAGUUCCGUGCCGAUGGUCCCUUCGCCAUUUGGUACGACAACUAAAGCUGACCGGAUGUAUUGGCCCUAG